UGUUAUUUUAUACAUAGACUAGAUCUAAUCUAGAUCUAAUACAGUAAUACUUUUCUAAAAGUCUAGAAUAUACUUAUAUAGAUCUAGACUAGAUAGUACCCUAGAGUCUAUAUUAUAAAUCGUAGUGCAGAUGAUAUUCUAUAUCUAGACAAAGUUAUUAAAGAAUAAAAGCUGAAUACCAUUUGGCAUUGUCAUUGACACUCUUGACAGCCACUGCCCUGACCUAAUCAGUAAUCUGUUAAUAUCUGUAAUCAGGCUACUAAGCCUAAUCAAGGCUAAUCGGCUACCUAAUACUACUAAUGAGUAAUAGUUACUAAUACUAUUAAACUGUAACCUGUUCUACAAACGAGAUUGGUUGGCUCAGCAUCAUCAUCAGAUAAUGUCUAGUCCAGUGGAUGACUGUAUGUUAGAAGAUGAUGAAGAUGAUUCUGGACAUCUUCAGCCACCUUUCAGCAGUUUAAGCUCUGCAAUGGUCAGUUCACCAACAACUGAUACUUUGGAUUCAGUUAUUCUAGAAGCUUCAGCCUUUGAUGAAGUAAUUAAGCAUCAGGAUGGCAAUGACCAACUUUCUUUAGAAGAAACAGUUGACCUAGGCCCACCUGAUGAGGGAAUAAACAUUUCAAAAACUGGCUUUGGGGAAAAUAAUAAAGAAAAAGUAAUGUCUGCUUCUAUCAUUGACCAAGGGAUAAAUAACUUCCACUCAUUUGAACAGAAACCUGCUGCUAAUGUCCAACCUUCUAGUUUAAGCAGUUACUUUGCUAACUCUGGAGAUGAUAUAUUUGAUACUAUAGCUACUGUGCAUGAUGAUAGCAGUCUUGGAAGUGAUCUUUUCCUGUCCAUAGCCAUAUCCAAGUCAGAAGAGGAUAUCAGGACCUCGGAAAUGAAUGCCAUUGAAAUAAAAGACUCUGAUGUAGUGUCCUGCCUUUCUCCUGACAAUGAUGAAGGGUUCCCUCGUCAAAACUCUUUUAUGCGAAAGUAUGUGGAUGAAGAUGAAUUCAAGUUGGUGGAAAAUGAAGAGUUAAAAGACAGAGAAGCAGAACAGUUCAUUGAAAUAGGCACUUCUGCAGUGAAAAUUUCUGAUGAAGAUGCUUUUGGUGAUACAGAGAUUGAAGCAGUUGAUGUAAUUCAUACUCCUUAUCAAAGAGAGCACAAGUCUUCAACUUGUGAACCUGAAACUAUUGCAUUUGAAGGAGAGUUAGAAUUGGGAGAAAAUAAACAAGUUGACCUUGAAAUUGCUGAUUUAGCAGAAGAAGAUAUUGAAGAAUUCACUCAAAAUGAUGACAAGCCUGGCUUUAUGUCCCAAAUUUCACGGAGUUCUGAACCAAAUACAGAUGUAUCCCAGAAUAGCUGCCAGAUUCCCCAACAACCUACAAGCAUUCUUAACCCUCCAGUCGAGUCAUCACUUGGCAAGCAUCAUGGUCCUGUAGUGGGCACAACACCAUCCCAGUUAUCUCCAAUGGGCACCCCAGUUCAUCAGGCAUCAGAUUCAAACACAGACAUCCUCACUUCCAGUCCUCCCUUGAUGCCAAUAAACCCACCAGUUUUUGAUUCCCAUCCUGUCCCACAGGGCAGUCCCUUCCAUUUGCCAAGUCCAGAAAUCAAAAGUGGUGCAGUGUUUUCCCAGUUUGGCCCUAGUGGAACAUCAGAUGAUGCUUUUACAUCCAUCCUGAGCAUGAGUGAUGCAGACAGGCGUCAUGAUGCAUGGAUUCCAUCAGAUGCAACAAGUCAUGUUUUGAAGCUGAUGGCAACCAGUGCUAUAGGCUCUUACAUACCUGCAACUGAACAUCUUAGUACUCCUGGUAUUAUCAGCAAUGAGCCAAUGGGUGAUCCAGUGAAAGAUUUGGUGUUACGCUAUAUGGGUGAACAGGAAGCUGUGAAAAGAUCAGUCCUAACAUGUAGUAGUGUGACUCAAGAUGCUGAUGGCCUCAAGAAACUUAUAGAAGCUGGAUGUCUCAGGGCUGCUGUUGACCUGACAGGUCGACUUUUAGAACAAGUUGGUCAAGGUUAUGGUAAAUUGGGAUGUGUGACAGUGCAUACACCACAUUCAUUGCAGCUGUGGUUCUGUCGCCUAGCUUUAAUGGUGAAACUUCGAAUGUAUGAGCAGGCUGAGGCUGAGAUGAGAGCUUUCCAGACACUUGACACACCAGAUUUAUAUUUUCAGUUUUAUGCCAACACAUAUCCUGGAAGAAGAGGUUCAAUGGUAUCUUUUUCAAUGCGCUUGUUACAUGCAGAGCUACCUUUAUUGUGCGGCAGAAGUCAGGAAAGCUUAGACAGAUUGUAUUAUAUGUUGGCUGUUUGCAAUAGGAUAAGAACAAAUCUCUCGUCAGAUUUAAGUGAAGAUGGCAGUGCAACUCAUAUGACCUAUGAAGCUAGAAAAGUUUCUCUUGAAUUGUGGACCAAACGAGAAACAGAUGUAACAUAUAAAAUUGCUUCUACUAUGUUGUCUGUUAAAGACUAUGAAGGUGCACUUGCUAUUUACAACACACUGCUGGACAAAGAUAAGAACUCACACUUGGAACUUUUGGCUGGCAUUGGGCGAAUACAUUUACAGAUGGGUAACAUCACAGAAGCCACAAGAAUUUUGAAAGAAGUAGAAACUGAAUCCUCCAAAAUUGAUAGUUCUGUGACAUGUCAUACACUUAUAAGCAGGGGUUUGCUAGCCAUGUGUGCUGCCAACUUCUAUGAUGCCUACCAACACUUCAAGUCAGCUGUACAGAUGCAGCCUCAUAAUACUUGUGCUGUUAAUAACAUGGCAGUCUGUUCCUUAUACCUUGGGCGCCUGAAAGAUGCCCUCAACACCCUGGAACAGCUUGUGCAUAGUGACCCAGCCAAUACACUGCAUGAGGGUGUGCUUUUCAACCUUUGUACAUUAUAUGAACUUGAAACCUCAAGGGCAUUACACAAGAAACAAGCCAUCCUUGACCUUGUCAGCAAACAUAAGGGAGAUGGCUUUCCUGUGGCUUGCUUAAAGAUGACCUAAGUCACCUAUACAAAUUUAUGUUUCUGUUCAUUAAAUACCUUAUGUUGAAAUUGAAAAAUGUCAGACAAAUUAUUGAAGAAAAAUCAAUGAAAAAAGAAAAGGAGUUGCUGAAUGAGGUCUUGAACUCAAAUGCUCAAUUUUUCAUUUCCAGAUAAAUAUAUUUUUGUGCAAUAUAUGUGAUUUUAGUUGUAGUCAAAAAGCUUUAUUUUUUUUUAUUUGACAAGAAAAAUGUUACGCCAUUCAGUUAGUCAAUAAAUAUUUAUUUGUGUAAAACAAAACUAAAAUGUAUUGUCAAAGUUAUUUACAGUUAUCAACUUCAUCUUGGUUUAUUGAUCAUUUUUCAUCCUCUAUUGAUGACAUUGAUUUUUUACUCAUGUUGAACUCUGGAUGCCAAGAGAAAUAUUUUUGAAAAAACAGAUCUUGCUGUGUUGUCUUGGGAUUGGUAUGCAAGCUAGAUAUGUUUUGAGAUUCUGAUGAUACAGAGUUAUUACUGGAGUCCUGUUGGGGAAGAUCAAGUUUAUUAUAAAUAUUUUGAGUCAUAGUUGGCUUUUUGAGAAGUAGUGCUGGUACUUAAUUCAAAUAUAACAUAACAUGAAAUUGUUUUAUACACUUAAUUUAUAAAUAUAUUUGAAUAUUUUGAAACAUUUUUAUACUUAUCAUAUGUAACUAUAAAUUCAUUAAUUAGUAUAUCAAGUCACAUGAACAAGGUAUAAGACCUAAUAUUAAGUUGGUAUAUUUCAAUACAAUAAACCAAUAUCAGUUGAACAAAACAAAAUAAUGUUAAGUAUUUUCUGUAACAUUGUGCUCUUUGACAUGUUGAAAUGUAAAAGUCGGGAAUAAAUUUAAAAUAUUGAUUUCUUUA